AUGUCAGUCUCCAACAAUAAUGACACAUUCUUUCUAAAAGGCCUCACAGGCCUUGAGGCCAUGUACACCUGGAUUUCCAUUCCCCUGUGUGCCAUGUAUAUGGCGUCCCUAGCAGGAAACAGCCUGAUUUUGUGGGUGGUGAGGUCAGAGCCCUCCCUGCACCAGCCCAUGUACUAUUUUCUGUCUAUGUUGGCCGUGACUGACCUGGGUCUGUCUGCCUCCACGCUGCCCACCACGCUCACUAUCUACAUGCUGGGUCUCAGGGAAGUGGCACUGGAUAUGUGCCUGGCACAGCUCUUCUUCAUCCACACAUUCUCCAUCAUGGAGUCCUCUGUGCUGCUAACCAUGGCCUUUGACCGUUUUGUGGCCAUCAGCAGCCCUCUGCAUUAUGGCACUAUCCUCACAAACAUGCGGAUAGCCAGUUUGGGCCUGGGCAUUGUGGUGCGCAGCAUUGGUCUCCACAUCCCAGCCCCCAUCAUGCUGAAGAAGUUGCCUUACUGCAGAAAUCAUCAGCUUUCCCAUUCUUAUUGCUUACACCCAGACGUCAUGAAGUUGGCCUGUGCUGACACCCACAUCAACAGUGCCUAUGGUCUCUUUGUGGUGCUCUCUACGCUGGGGGUGGACUCAGUGCUCAUUGUCCUUUCCUAUGGGCUGAUCCUCCAAACAGUGCUGUCCAUCACCUCUAAGACCAAGCGUCUCAAAGCCCUCAACACAUGUGUCUCCCACAUCUGUUCUGUGCUGCUUUUCUACACACCUAUGAUUGGCCUAUCCAUGAUCCACCGAUUUGGGAAGAGGACUUCCCCAUUUAGCCACGUGCUACUCUCCUAUCUUCAUUUUCUUUUACCUCCAGUACUCAAUCCAGUUGUUUAUACCAUCAAGACCAAACAGAUCUGAGUGAGGUUGCUACUCCUCUUCAAGUUUGGUGAGGGUGGCAUCAGAGGCACCCAGGGUCAUUAA